AUGAGGCGGCGUCGGUCGCGCAGCCGGUCACCGAGACACGACGGCCCGCGCGGCCCGCGGAGCUUCAAGGAGUUCCUCCUGGACCAGCCGGGCGAGGUCACGCCCAAGGACGCCGAGGACAUGUACCGGAGGUACCUCGCCAACUUCUGGGCGUCGGAGCAGCGCGCCGAGUUCGAGAUCCGCAAGCACGAGCCGGAACUCAAGGCCCGCUUCCACCCCCACGUCGUCCAGAAGACCAUGCGCGAGCGGGACGGCGCGUGCCAGCAGGCCGCGCGGCUCUUCCUCGCCGACACGGAGCCGGGGAAGCCGAUGGACCCGCGACGCGACGAGUUCGGCCAGGCCGGCGCCCGGCAGUCGACACGCGAUGCGAAGGACAGCGAACACGGAGACGACGCGGCGGAGGCGGCUCCGCCCGCGGCGUGGCUUCCGGCGCGCAUCGACGACGACCUCGCGGUCGCCGUGCAGCUCGCGCAGGCGCUCGACAAGCAGCGGGGCGUGGAGGCGAGCCCGAUUGAGGUGGACGGGGUCGUCGACGACGGCGAGCAGGGCGCCGAGGCGGGGGGCAAGGCGGCGGAGGGCGAGGGGGAGGCGGAGGAGGGCGGGGAGGGGGAGGAGGAGGAGCUCGUCGGGGGUGUUUUGGGGGGGGUGUCCCGCGAACGCCAGCUCGACUUCGUCCUGACGUACCUGUGGGAGGUCCACGGCGUGGACUACUACCGCGGCGUGGAGCUCAUGCCGACGGACGUCACCGAGGGCGCCCCGCGCGAGGCGGGCGAGGCGCGCCGCGGCAGGCGCCUGCUCCGGUGCGAGCGGCCCAGCGACGGCGCCGGUCACGCGGCGACGCAGGGCCUCCCGCACCUGCGCGGGCUCGCGGGGUACUGGGCCGGGCGCGCGCGGGCGCCGGACGGGCUCGCGGAGGCGGCACGGACGGCCGAGCUGGAGGCGCGGGCGACGGAGUGGGUGAGCCGGCAUGUGGCGCAAGAGGGGGAGGCGUGGUGCUGCCGGGCGCCGGGGUGCGUGAAGAAGUUCAAGGGGCGGGAGUUCGUGGAGAACCACCUGCGGAAGAAGCACGCGGACGCCAUCGACGUCGAGAUGGAGCGGGCCGCGGAGGAGCUCUACCGACAGAACUUCAUGAGGGCGCGCGAGGCGGAGGCGGAGAACCGGCGGAGGGGCGCGAUGGGUCCGGGCCGCGGGCGCGGCCGCGGACGGGGCAUGCCGGGCCCGGGGCGUGGGCGCGGAGGCCCUCCCCCCAUGAUGGGCCCGGGCAUGCCGAUGGGCCCGAUGCCGAUGCCGAUGAUGGGCCCACCAGGCAUGAUGCCGCCGGGCGGCAUGAUGGUGCCGGCGAUGAUGCCGCCGAUGGCGAUGGUCCCCGUCGGGAUGGGCGGGCCGAGGGGCGGGCGCGGCGGCCGCGGGGGGCGCGGCGGUCCCUCCCCGGUUGCCGCGGGGCGCGGGCCGGUGGCGCCGAAGGAGUACGUGGACCACGACCAGCCGCAGAACAACCGGCAGCUGCUCGACUACGGCGACCUGUAG